AUGACGAUGAUCGCCGCCCCCGUCGUCGAACCCGUCACCACCUUGUCUACCGCCCCUUGCUGCCCGCAAUGCGGUAUCGAUCUUGAGGGGACCCAACCUUUGGUGGAGAUGCAAGCGGCCGUUCUCGACGCCCACAACAAGAUCCAAGAACUUCAAAACCAAGUGCGCCUGCUCAACGAAAAGGCUUCAUCCGCCGUCGAUCGCUGGGCCGAUUACGAAGACGAGAUAACCCGACUACGGGGCCAACUCAAACAGCAACAACAACAACAACAACAACAACAACAGCAACAACAACAAUCCCAAACCUCCCCAGCUGCCUCCCAAAUAUCAUCACCGCAACAACAGCAACAACAACACGCCGCUGCUGCCCUCGCCACCCCUCCCCAAUCCGCAACCCCCUCCACCACCGCAACAGCCAACGCCUCCCCCGCCGCCCCUGGCAGCGUCGGCUCCAUCUCCUCCUUCCUGCCCACGGGCGCCGCCUCCCGUCUCUCCGCCUUCUUGACCUCGCGCAAAUCGACGCCCAACCUCAAAUCCGCCGGUUCCCACCCGCAUAUGCCAACGCACCAAUCCACCCUCUCGCAAUCCUUCACCCAAAGCAGUCCACUCCAACAACCCUUCCAAUCCACCCCUUCCAUCACCCAACAACAACAACAACAAAAGGAGAUUUCGGACCUCCAAGCCGCCUUGAGCACGGAAAAAUCGCUGCACACCGAAACGCGCGCCAAGCUAGCCAAAGCCGAAACGAAACUCACCGCCGCCUCGCAGGAGAUCGAGGAGCUAUCGGUCACCCUGUUCUCGGAAGCCAACGAGAUGGUCGCGUCGGAAAGGAGGGCGAGAGCGAAGCUGGAGGAACGGGUGAAGACGCUGGAGAAGAGAGACGAGCAAAAAAAGGAGAGGCUGGAAAUGUUGGAGGGGGCGGUGAGGAGGAUGGAGAGGGUGAGGGAGGUGUUGAGGGAGACGGAGAAUUUGGAGAGGGGAAUAGGGAGGGGAGAAGACGCGGAUGGAAGUGAUGAUGAGAUGCACACGCUGCCGGUGGCGGUGGUGAGGAAGGAGAAUUCCAGGCUGGAUCUGGAUGAUUGA